UUAGGCUAGUUCCUUUUGCCGAUCCCCGCAGUAGGGCUGCAGCACCAAGAAGUGAACCUCCCCCCCGACCUCCGCCGCGGCAGCAACUCGACAAGCACCGCAGCCAUGUCGACGGCGACUAGCGGGCCCCGGUUUCCCUCGCAAGAGCCCUCAUCGGAGCGUUCGGAGAGAAAAAGGAAGAGGAGGAGGAGAUCCAUCAAAGCAGGGGAGGAAACCUCGACCGAGGACGCCGUUACGAGGAUCAGCGAGGACGAGGAGAAGGAGACGAAGAAGAAGAGGGAGGAUGAGGACGAGGAGGUGGUCUCCUCUGCGCCCAGCUCUCCACUCUACGAGCCCUGCCUCCCCGGCGACGACCCGGACCCUCCACCGGAGUUGAUCGAGGCAUUGGAGCGUGCAGAACACGAUUACGAAACAAAAAUGGACCGCUACGGGGACUUGAUCACCGUCGGAUACUGCAGACCUUCGCACAUGUUUUUCAAUCCGGAGCUUCUCCCUGUCGCUGAACCUGCAACAAAGGCAGUGCUUUUGGCUGCCAGAUUUGUUAUUGGGCUUUCCUCCUCCUUUGGUACUAUGUAACACCGCUAAUCUUAUU